CAGGACAAGACUUUUUUUAGACUCCGAAAGUCCAUUCGCAAAAGCCAGCCGCAUCUAUCCCCCUCUCAACGCAAGCUCUCGAACGAUCUCACUUGACACAACUCAAACAAUAUGUCCAAAAUCUUCAAAAUUGUCACAUUGCCAGGAGAUGGGAUUGGUCCUGAGGUGGUGGAACAAGCUGUGCGAGUGCUAGACGUGAUCUCGGAAUCUGGUCAAGUCAAGUUCGAUGUGAAGGCCCACGACUUCGGUGGUAUUGCCAUCGACAAUCAUCAAACUCCUUUGCCGCCAUCGACGCUAGAGGCUUGCCAAUCAGCCGAUGCGAUCUUAUUAGGUUCUGUGGGCGGUCCUAAAUGGGGUGUUGGCAAGAUUCGACCUGAGCAAGGCUUACUCGAACUUCGCAAAACUCUCGGCUUGUAUGCCAACAUCCGACCGGCUCUUUUCCCAUCAAACUCAUUAGUGAAGAUGUCACCUCUGAAAGAUGAGGUUGCUCUAGGUACUGAGAUUAUCGUCGUCCGAGAGCUAAUCGGUGGUAUAUAUUUUGGUAAACGCACCGAAGCCACUUCUUUUGAGGCAGAUGGAGGCGAGGCUAGUGUAGCUCGCGAUGAAUGUAGUUACAGCGUGAAGGAAAUCCAGCGAAUCGGUAGAGUCGCUGCAUUUUUGGCCAUGACGACUACCCCACCAAUGGCGGUUCACUCGGUUGACAAGGCUAACGUUCUGGCCACCUCGCGACUGUGGCGAAAAGUAAUCACCGAUCUGUUCUCCACUGAAUUUCCUCAACUCCAACUCGAUCAUCACCUCGUCGACUCAGCAGCGAUGGUCAUUUGCUCGAACCCGCGAAAAUUGAACGGUAUAGUAUUAACUGAAAACCUGUUUGGAGAUGUCUUGAGUGACGAGACCUCUGUGAUCCCGAGUUCCUUGGGCUUGUUGCCUUCGGCUUCUUUGGCUGGGAUUCCCGAUCGCCGUUCCAAGUGCCUCGGUGUAUAUGAGCCAAUUCAUGGCUCGGCACCAGACAUCGCUGGACAAGGUAUCGCAAAUCCGAUUGGGACUAUCCUCUCGGUAGCAAUGAUGCUGCGAUACUCCUUAGCUCUUGAUUCGCAGGCCGAAGCCAUUGAAUCGGCCGUGAGAAAGGUCUUAGACGACGAGACCGAGGGUGGACUGGGUUUGAGGACGGCUGACCUCAAGGGAAAAGUGACAACCAAGGAAUUGGGUGACAGCGUUGUGGAUACUCUUAGAUCGAUCUUGUCUUCUCAAAAACCAUGAAGUCAUUUUGAAACUUUUACACCAUAUCUCCUAUUUGCCAUUUCUCAUUGUAUGCACUAGAGCUGUCUGCUUGGCAGCGAUAAAAUACCUGGGCAAUAGUAUAGUGACCUUGAG